GCCGCCAAGAAGAAAGGUACGGCGGCGCUCGUCAAGAAGACUUCAAGCCGUCGAGGCCGCGGGGGCUCACGUGCCGGUAGGGCCGCCCGCGGAGGUACCAGGGCGGCCACUUCAGGGCCCUUGUACGACGAGGAGUCCGACCACGGUCCCUACUGCAUCUGCCGCGGCCCAGACGACCACCGCUGGAUGAUCAGCUGCGACGUUUGCGAGGACUGGUUCCACGGGGAGUGUGUCGGUGUUGAUAAGACCAUCGGCGAGGCCCUCAUCGUGCGUUACGUGUGUCCCAGCUGCACUGAUGAUCGCGGCAUCAACGUCACCAGGUACAAGAAGACGUGUUCCCUGGAGGGAUGUCUCAACGCCGCGCGCAUGUACGAGGAGGGGUACGCGGGGAGGAAGGGCGCCAUGAAGCCGCUGACCUACUUCAGUGUCUUCUGCAGUGAUAGACAUGCGGACGAGUGGUGGGAGCUGCUCGUGCGGUCACUUCCCGAGCAGGGGAAAUCCAUGGUCAACGAAGCGGAAUUCACAAGGGAGCAGUUUAUGGGCUUGCUGGACGGCUCUAACCUGCCCAGUUCCGUCGAGGGGGAGGUGCCCUGGAGUGUUGGCAAGAUACCUUUUGACGUUCCGUCCGACUUCUGGGCCAAGGUCGAUCAAUGCUACGUUCUCACGCCUGAAGAAGAAGACUUCUUGACCACGUCCGCCUCGGACCGCUAUGCGCUGGCCGAGGAGAUUGUGCUGAACAAGAAGAUGCAACAGCUGCUGGACCUUGCGAACGAGCGGCGCCGGGCGGCCAUCACCGCUGGCCUCUUCGAGAAAGACGUGUGCGGUUACGACUGCCGCCUGGACGUCGUUGGCUGCCCUGACGACUUCUCCAUAUUCGCCAGGUCGGCGCAGGGUGAGGCCAUCUACAGGGGCAACAGCCUGGCUGCCGAGGGCUGCUUUACCGACGAACAGUUGUGGAAGGCCAAGGAGGAUGCCGAGGCCGCCGGCAAGGAGCUCAACAUGGAGACGGCCGGCAUGUGCGAACGCCGGCGGUGCAAGCCCCACGCCUCGUGGUACAACACAUUCACGAGGAGCACCAGGCUGGUCAUCAAGGAGCUGGCGAGGCAGGCCAAGGAAAAGCUGGAUGCCGAGACGAGGGUCAAGGAGGCAGCAGCCACGAAAUAUCUCCGUCUAGGCCACGAAGAAGUCACCAUUCGCAGAUUAGAU